CUGAACAUUCACCGGCACCACGCAUCUGAGGAAUGCUACACCAUCAUUUGGAUCAUGAGGCUGUAAGUCAAAUCUCGUAUAAGUAGGUAGGUCAAGUUCGUGUAUUCAUGUCUUUCUUUUCUUCCAUCAUCAACAACAUACAACGAACUACAACACAAUCUUUAUAGCUUCAGCUCUUAUUUCCUUACAACAAUCUUUCAAUCAACACAUUUCAUUGCUACAAUCACUAUAAGUCAACACAAGAACUUCACACAAACACUAUCAGCUUUUCAGCCUUGCAUAACAUAACCAAUCAGCCAUGCAUUCUUCAGUCUCAUUCGUCCUCGCGGCUUUGGCCUCAGGAGCCUUUGCUCUCCCUCUUACUGGUGUUACCAGCGACGCGGCUUCCAGCGACGCGGCUUCCACCACUUCCAACUACUGUGGCUUUGGCACCGCUGCUGACGGCUCAUGCAUUAUCCCAACUACUAGCACAACCACAGUGGCUCCUACAACCACCACAACUGUCUCUCACUAUUGCGGCUUCGGCACUGCUGCUGACGGAUCUUGCAAUCCUUCCACAACUACCACCACCGUCCCUACGACUACCACCACUUCCACAUACUACUGCGGUUUCGGUACAGCUCUCGAUGGCAAAUGCAAUCCUACCCCGACGACUACCAGCACCUCUACUACCACCACUUCCACCUUCUGGUGCGGCUUCGGCACAGCUCUUGAUGGAAAAUGCAACCCCACUCCAUCUACAACCAGCACUUCGACCACGACUACCAAGCCAGUGACCACCACGACCACCUCGACCACGACCAAGCCAGUGACGACCACAACCACCACAUCCGCCUCAACCACGCAUUGGUGCGGCUUUGGCACUGCUCUUGAUGGAAAGUGCAAUCCUACCCCCAGCUCAACCAGCACCUCGACCACCACCACCAAGCCAGUGACCACCACUACCACCACCUCGGCCUCGACCACGCAUUGGUGUGGCUUCGGUACCGCUCUUGACGGAAAGUGCAACGCUGCUUCUACCUCCACGAGCACUUCCACCACAACCACCAAGCCAGUCACCACCACCAGCACCACCACUUCUACUACAACCACCACUCCCGUCUCUCACUGGUGCGGCUUCGGUACCGGUGCCAACGGCAAAUGCAACCCCGCUCCUACCACCACGACCACCACAACAACUGGCUGCCCUACCCCAGUCACAGUAACCGUCACCGCCACCGUCACCCCAACCUGGCCUGCUCACGGCGGUUUCUACUACCGCCCCAGCCAAUGCAAGAACUGCCAGAUGAUCACCUACACUGAUGCCGCAAGCUCCAUUGUCACCAUCGCCGUGCCACCUACACCCUACGCCACUGGAUCUGCUUCCACUGUCACCUUCACUCCUUCCGCGGUCUCGGACAUCAAGUUCGCCCACCCUACCGGCAAGCACUGGUGAAUGGUCAGAGCGGGAGCUGCAGGAUAGCAGGUCGGAAAAAGUCUCUUGAGUAUUUUUGAGCAUAGCAUCGUCUGAGCGGUCUACAUUCCUUUCUUGAACAUCAGCAAGCGGCAUAGCGGGAUUGAUUUUAGUCUUUUUGGAAUUGAUAGCAUAGCGCUUGUACAUCAUAGAAAAGUUCAGUCACUCAUUUGAAUCUACACACAAAUAUCUUACAAAAA